CUGAAUCGACCGGGAUAUUCGUCAAUGGUGUUGGUGGUGUCCGUGAGUGGGGCUCGAACCAAGGCCCCUGUUGUUGUGAGUCGCGAGUGUCACCACUGCGCUGCCGCCCCAAGACGACGACGAGGAGAAGGAGGAAGAGGAGCUGAGAGAGAGGGGGAGAGAGAGCACGAGAGGAGAGUUCCCGAGUCCAGGACUCGCGGGGGAAGGCGCGGGCUAAAUUUAACCACCCAGCCCGAGCAGCAGCUGCUCCAGCCGCACCUGCCGGGCUGUCGGGGCCCCCCAGAGCCUCCCCCGUCACAACCCCGUGCCGAGCCCCUCUCAACAAUGCCCUCGCUGUGUCUCCUGGCCUCAACACAGCCGCCGCCUCCACAGCUGUCUCUAGUGACGGGGGGGGGGGGUGCAGGGCGGCAUUUAAACUUUACGCUACACGCUGCCGGGACAUUUAACCGGAGUCUCGGACAGCGUCAGCACCGAUCGAGGGGGUAUCGCAGCGGACAGGGACCUUCGCGAGAGGACGCAGCGGACCUCUGGAAGUUGGAGUCGUAGCGGGGAGCGGUACCCUAGUGAGCGCUGGUGGCACGGUUCGAUUUCAGAUAGGGUCUGAAAAAUAUCCCCCUCCCCCGACUCCCAUCACCUCGUCGCGGAUUAGAGGAGUCGUUCGGCACGGACGCCGACGCAGGAGCGGACUCGGCGGUGCUGCGCUCGCCCUCACUGCUCUGGGGGUCUCUCUGAGGUCACCUGAGGACAUUUUGGGGGUGUGAGGACCUCGCUCACCUCCCGCAGUGGCUGCGCUCCCUGCCUCUGACCCCUAAUCCAUGAGCUCGAGGAUGGCCUAAGGAGGGGGGCGAGGGGGGUGAGGGCAUGGAGGAGGCCGUGGCUCGGCUGGCCGUGCCCAGCGCCAGCUGCCUGCUGCUGCUGGGCCCCGCGGCUCUCGCUGUGCGUCGCCGCUUCUACUGCGAGGGCCUCGUCUUCGCAUUCUCCUCCUUCUUCCUCGCGGGCUGGCACGCGUGCGACGGGCCCGACUCCCUCGCGUGGUGCGCGCUGCGCCCCGAGCUGCUGCUGUACUUCAGCGUCUACAGCGAGGCGCUCUCCCUGUGGAUCUCCAUCCUGGCCGUGGGGGAGCUGGGGGAGCCGCGACGCUCGACGGCCACGAUGCUGGGGGCCCUCACCACGGCGAUCCGCGUGGCGCAAGACCCCUACGGAUACGGGGUCUACUCAGGGCCCAUCGGAGGGGCCGUGCUCAUCGUGGCCACCAAGUUUCUCCGCAAGAUGCGGCAGGUGAAGGGGCUGUACCCGGAGAGGCGUAGCUACCUCCACCACAUCGGGCCGGGCUGCUGCGCGGCAGGGCUCGCCUUCACGCUCAGGUUCUUCGUGCAGGACAUAGAGUACACGUACGUGCACAGUGCCUACCACGUUCUCCUGGCGCUCGCCUUCUCUCUCCUGCUGCCCUCUUCCAACCCGUAUGGCCUGCCCCCUCACAACUGCUGCUGCCCGGUGGCCUGCGGGUCAGGCCCGGCCGCCUUGCCGCCGUUACCCGCGUUGCCCCGUGGCCUGGUUGCUCGCCUCCGCUCACUGGACCCUGACCCCGGCCCCGACCCGGACCGGGACCGGGACCCGAACCCUUCCCCGUGCCGACACGCGGGGUUCCCUGCCGCCGCGAGGAGCGGACUCCCAGAAGCGCCGCGGCGGGUGCUGCCCCCUUUCCCGGCCACGCUGCCCCGGGGCUCGCGGCCCGUCUCGCUGCCCCAGGGGGAGGGCAGUGGCGAGGAGACGUAGCCUGGACCUGGGAUCGAACCUACGCACUACGGAAGUCUGGUGUCGUGGGGUUUUUGAACUCGUGGUCAUCUGCUGCCUGCCCGCCCCCUGCACCCCGGCACUGCGCCACGACUCCCAGUUUCUGCUCAUCGCAAAGUCUCUGUUGUGUUUUUUUAUUGUAGUAAGAUCGGUCGUGAUUGUAAAUGCACAGUGACUAAAAUUCAGUCGGACCAGUCUGGAACGCUGCUCCGGAAUUUGUUUUGCCCACGUCGCAUCCAUCUCACCUUAUCUUGUCCUGAACCUGUUUCUAGGGGUACGAGAAACUAAGCUCUGAUCAUGGAGUAUCGGGCACAAUGAUAUCAGAUUAUUGUGCAUAGGUAUUCCGUGUACUCUAGAUCCCAAUGGAGCAAUAGAGCAUUGGGAUAUACGGAUGUUAAUGCGCCUUACAAAUGUAAAGUAUCAUUAUUAUGACUCUAGUGGUAGUGCCUUACGCCAGUAAUCCCUAUUCCAAGCCAGCUCUGACGUUAUGGCCGUGCGGCUACUCGCGACCGAGCUGCCGAGUCCGUCGUACUUUCAGGUCGCGCCUCUACGCGUUGUUGUUCGGAACGAUGUCUGAUGUUUCGCUCCACGUGCUGGGGGCUUCUUAAGGAGCUGAACUCAAAGGAUCACAUUCUCCCUCGAUGACAGAGCACUGUCGGCAUCAGGCCAAGAGAUGAAGCGUCCGUGAAGAACUCGUGAGAAUGGCGCUCGAAGCUGGUGGGGAACGGGAGGUGGCCCGCCACUAGGAUAAUCACGAGCACCGGGACACGCGGAGACGAUAAGCCGUUGUGUCGAGAAGGGCCUCACGCACACUUGAAACCAGGAAACUCAGAACUUGAGCUUGAGACCUGGAACUUGUAAUUAGAACUUGAAACUUGGUACCUCGAACCUGUGACCUCCGACUGAGCCUUGGAAGUCUGGGGUCUGGAACCCGGGCCCUAGAAGAGGCACGAGGCGACCUGGGACCGAGAGGCGAGUUGUGGUCGGCAGAGGGCGCCAUGGCGUCGCGUGGGAGGUCCACGACCGGUCUCCGUGGUGGCGGCAUUGACGGCGGUGCUGAGCUGGUUUUAGUGGUCGUGGUGGGAACGCCAGUGGUGGCGAUGGUGGUAUUGCUGAUCGGUGGUUGUUUUAUUCAUUGAUGAGGAUUGAUAAUGACGAUAAUGACCUGGACACGUGGUGGUCCAUCAGUAGUCAUUCCGGAUUUCUCUGGAAUCCUGACAGAGCAUCGAAUCAGAAGGGGACACGAAUCAUCAUUGGAUAUUCAUGCCGCUCCAGCCAUGCAGCAAGAAUCUGGAGGUGCCACCUCAAUGUCUUGAUGACGGACAUCUUCAGACAUCCUGCCCCUUGGAACCUGUAACUAAAGACAUUGGCGCCUGGCAUUAAGGGGCCGUCCAUUAAUGA